AUGUCUGACAUAGAUGCUUUAAAGGUUUUUGCUCGCCAAAGAGUGAGUCAAGAAAUGGUGGACUUCCUAGCAGCGACUACGGAAUCCAUAAUUCAAGUAAAGCAGAAGAAGCCAGAAUUUAGACCAUUGGAAGGCACAUCUUCAGAGUUCUUCCCUGUGGAAAAAAAGAUCACAUCUUUGAAAAUAUUCAUUAAAAACUUAAUCAAAUACUCUAAUGUCCAAACCCCAACCUUGAUGGCUAGCUUGAUUUAUCUCAACAGGUUGAGAAACCUACUUCCUGCAAAUGCUGUGGGAAUGGAAACCACCAAGCAUCGUAUCUUCUUGGCGUCAUUAAUUUUGGCCGCCAAGACGUUGAAUGAUUCAUCUCCUUUAAACAAGCAUUGGACGAGAUACACCGACGGAUUGUUAACAAAUCAAGAGGUCAAUAUGGCCGAGCGUGAAUUGAUUGCCUUGUUGAAAUGGGACAUUUCAAUACGGGAAGAUGAACUAGUUGUUGCGUUGCAACCGUUCCUCACAUCUAUCAGAUCGACCUUGGCCAAAAGAAUCGAAGAUGACAGUGUCAAAAAGACAAGCUACUAUAAGCUUUCAAGCCAUAGCAAUAGAUCACUUUUAUCAGUAUCGGCUACUUCGAGAUCAUCGUCAUCAUCAUCAAUCUCAUCCGUCAAUUCAACGUCCCAUUUGCAUGGUUCGGAUUCUGCAUACUCGCUUCGUUACCAAGAGAAGUCUACAUCGAGUUUGCAUAGUCUUUGCAGCGACCACGAACCAAGAGAGCCUUUGAUGGCAAAGUCUUCAACAUAUUUGAAUAUUGCUCGUCCUGACCGUCAAACUACAAAAUUAUUUAACGUAAGGGCAGAUCUGACUGCUGAAAACAAUAUUAAUACAAGACAUUCUGGUAGGAUUUUGGCUUAG